CUACCCGAAAUAAUCAAGGAUAUCGAGAGCAUAGAAAACAACUGGCGAACGGGCAAGCACAACCUACAGAGGAUAAACUGCCGUUCGGAGACCUCCAAGGGCGUCUACUGUCUGCAGUAUGACGACAAAAAGAUCGUCUCCGGCCUGCGCGACAACACCAUCAAGAUGUGGGACAGGAACUCGCUCCAGUGCACAAAGCAAGUGCUCACCGGCCAUACUGGCUCGGUGCUGUGCCUCCAAUACGAUGACAAGGUGAUCAUCUCGGGCUCGUCCGACGCCACGGUCCGUGUCUGGGACGUGGGUACGGGAGAGCUGGUCAACACACUCAUCCACCACUGCGAGGCAGUGCUGCAUCUGCGCUUCGCUCACGGCAUGAUGGUCACCUGCUCAAAGGACCGCUCGAUCGCCGUAUGGGACAUGGUAUCGCCGACCGAGAUCAACCUGCACCGCGUGCUGGUCGGACACCGAGCGGCCGUCAACGUGGUCGACUUUGACGAAAAGUACAUCGUCAGCGCGUCGGGAGACCGUACCAUCAAGGUAUGGAACACGUCCACGUGUGAGUUUGUGCGGACGCUGUCGGGCCACAAGAGGGGCAUCGCGUGCCUGCAGUACCGGGACCGACUGGUGGUCAGCGGCAGCUCCGACAACACCAUCAGACUCUGGGACAUUGAGUUCGGCGACUGCCUGCGUGUGCUGGAGGGACAUGACGAGCUGGUGCGCUGUAUCCGGUUCGACUCCAAACGGAUUGUCAGCGGCGCCUAUGACGGGAAGAUCAAGGUGUGGGACCUGCAGGCGGCGCUGAACCCGCGAUCACCAGUGGGCUCUCUGUGUCUGCGCACUCUGGUGGAGCACACGGGUCGCGUGUUCCGGCUGCAGUUUGACGAGUUCCAGAUCGUCAGUAGCUCGCACGACGACAGCAUACUGAUCUGGGACUUCCUCAACUACACUCCGCCGUCGGCCGGCGCCGGGCAGGAGAUGGACGCCGAGCCGUCAGAGGAGGGAGCCGCGGCGGCCGUGCUGCCGCGAGCCGGCGCCGCGGCCCGGCCGCAGCCGCCCAACCUCGACAACUACAGGAACCAAGAGGGAGAUGACGAGUUGAUGUGAGCGGGCUCCGCUCGGAUAGAUCUAGAAGACAUUUUAACCUCGUUUAUGUUUGGCGCGCGCUGGGCCGGGCCCGUGAUGUGCACCGCCAGUUCACAGUGAAGAUACACACUAGGGUGUGGGCUAGCGAGUCGGAGCGGCUUCCGAGCGCGAGUAGAGGCCGGCGCGGCGGCCCGAGCUGCGCGCCGCGGGGGGAGCACAGUCUGCCGCCAGCACCGAGCGAGUCGGACGGCCGACUGAUCUGCAUCUCUGCGCGUGUGUCGGUGUGUGGCUGGGUGUGCACGGGGACGGGUGUCUGGGUCGCGGGAUGGGUCAGACCGGGCCAGCGGCGAGCGGUGAUGUGCUCUGCUCGCCGGCGCCGCGAAAUACGACCCGAGUGUGUGCGUGUGUUUUAUCUAUGUGACAUUUACGUGGCAGCGAAUCAGGUUAAUUUGAUUGCUCGCGCGCGACCCGGCGGUAGCGACGCGCCUUAGGUGCGCUCGCGGCGGCGGGGCUCGUUGUGAUGUACCCGAGACUGCUCUCCUGUCUCGGGUCGGCUCGCGCGCUCAUGCGCGAGCCCGUAUGCGCGCGUGAUUUAUCUGUCGGCGCGGUUGGCAGUUGAUAGGCGCCGCGCCGCCGGCCGGCCGUUCAUUCCGUGUCUGCCUGGCUGUCCGUCUGUCUGUCUGUCUGUGUGUCUGUGAGGCGAGCGAGCGACUGUCCGCGGCCGGCGCGUGCUGGCAGCUGGCCGGCGCCACCGACGCCACCGGCGCCCUUUCAUGCGUCUCCUCACUGGUCCGACUCCCGAUGGUUUGGCAUUACAAUAAAUUGAGUUCGGCUCGCC